AGCAAAUGUAUUUCAAUUUCUUCUUCUUGCGCGUUCAAAUUCUUCAAAAUUCUUGGGGUCGGACAGAAAGUUUUGCAACAAAGUGGAAUCGGGGAAAUCGUCGAGUUGUUCCUGCUGUAAGAGAGUUUUCGGGAAGUAAAGGAUCGACGAAGAUGAUUCCUUCCGGCGACCAGUUUCUAGGCGAUUAGAACCAGCACCAUUGCGAGACACCGUGUGGAUGUUCCGGAACAAUUUGAGCAAUUCAAGGAAUGCGUGAGUGCUGGCGGAAAUCACGGAGCAGGGGGAAUCUGCGCAGCAGGAGGAAAUUUGGCAAGUGGUGCUGGUGGAUAUUAAUUGAGGAAAGUACGCCGACUGUCUCGUCCACCGCGUCCUCAUGGCGGUCCUCACGGCGGUCCUCGACCUCGCCAAACCACCCGCACGAACCCCCGACGAACUCAGCCAGCUCGCCAACAUCUGCAACGCGAAAAAGUACAACGCUAAGCUGGCCGGCGAUUCCAGCUCGCUGCUCUACUUCAAAAACUACCUCAAGAAGGCCAAGAGCAUGGAAACGACUGCCGCCGUCUCGGACAUUGGCCAGCAGCUGCUCGAGCUGGUGCUGAUCACCACCGGGCACGUCUGCAAAGUUAGCUACAAGCAACUCGCCAAGGUGUCGGGCUUUAAACUGACCGAGGACACCAAACCGUUCCGCCACUGUAUGCUGCUGCCCAAGGACCGCAAGAUCGGGCCCGCCUGGCUGCGGCUGUUUUCCAAGGUACGCGUCACCGUGCAACUGGUGAAGGAGGCGGUCACGGUGACGAGCGUGCUGCCGCCACUAGCGCAGAUGCAGAGCAAGGAAUCGUCGGUAUAAGCGCGAGCGGCAGAUUUCGGAAGUA